UUUUCUCAACGAGACUUUGCACAUCGCACUCGCCUGUUCCCAACGGUCUUUGUACCAUCCUUUCGUUUUGUUGUUGUUCCAGGUCACGCUCCUCUCACCACUGCAUAUCACAACAUUCUCAUCAUCAGGCUCGUUUUGAUUGAAAGCAAAUAUUCGUUUACUACCAGUCCACAACAAUCUUUGCACAUAAGCAAACAUCUUCACUCGUCAUAAUCAUCACCACCGUCCAUCCAUCCAAUUUCAAAUAUAAAAUGAAGGCCACUAUUUUCUCCCUGGCGGCCAUCCUAGCACCCGCUGCCGUCCUGGCCCAAACAACCACCACGACCGCCUCCUCGUCGUCCUCGACCUGUGCCGCUGAUUACAUCGUAGAGAGUUGCUUGACCAGCACAGAGGCGAACCAGGCAGCCUGCGGUACACAGGACUACUCUUGCCAAUGCGCUGCGUACCAGGCCAUUGAGACCUGCUUCAACAACUGCCCUGACGACCCGCGCCAGUCUACCUACGAGGGCCUGGUCUCCCAGUACUGCGCCCUCGCUAGCCAGUACUCCUCGACCAACACUGUCGCGGCCACUUCCACUAGCGCUGCUGCCUCUGCUGCCUCUGCUGCCACUGCUGCCACAACAACCGCUACGGGCACCUCGACCGCAACCUCCUCGGGCUCUUCCUCCUCGUCGACUGCCAACUCCGCAGCUCAUCUCGUCAAGGGUGCUGGUGGUGUUAUGGCUGCUGUCGCAGGUGUUGCUGCUGCCUUGUUGUAGGCAUCAUGAAUUAAGAGUGGGCUGAUGGGAUACCUGAAUAAAGAAGACAUGAAUCACCCGGAAUGGGUGCAUGGGCCCUCCUGAGCUCGAACUAUGAAUUGGGUUUGAUCACGUAUGCUGGAGAAUUGACUCAAGUGUAUACUGCUACACGUAAUGUUGAUGGAGCAUGAGGGAUGCAAAGAGAACUACUGAAUAUACCAUACACUACAGUACAUAGUGUGUCUGGCUAGUGUCUAAUACGAUUGUUAACACGUUCGACC